GCUGUGUUUGAUCAUAAACCACUUACAACUCCAGGCUCAGUGGAAGAGGAAACUUUAGCGUGAAGUGCAGCAUCGGUUUGUCUCUGCUUUUUUUCCCCUUCUCUUCCCCUUUCGCUGAAGACUUAGCAGCACUCUGUGUUCUUGCAGUGAAUUUGUGUGAAGCUCAUGAAAUAGUUCCCAGUACAUUUAACUCCUAUGGGAGAUGCCCUCAAAGCUAGCUGGGAAAAAGGGCAAAAUAAAACGAAAGGCAGAGCUGAAUCAUAGAUUUCACGUGGACUUGGGCAAUUUUAGUAUUGAAGAGAUCAUUACGGUCUGUCUGCAUUCUCUGCGAUCGUGCUCUCUGCAGUGUUAAUGAGUCUCUUGCAGGAAUGGAUUGUUUGUGAAAUGAAAACCGAUUAGGCUGUUUUAGGAGCCCUUGCAUCAUUAAUUUAGGCUGUAUAAUUGUUGACUGAAAAUGGCUGUCUAGAGCAAAAUGUGCAAGACAGAAAAAUCUUGGAGGAGAAUGGAGUGUUGAAUCCAUUGAGCAAAGGUUGGAAACAUUAAAAUCUGUAGAAAGAACCAAACCUUGAAAACUCUAAUCAUGAAUUCUGGAGUUGCUAUGAAAUAUGGAAAUGACUCCUCUGCGGAGCUGAGUGAGCUCCAUUUAGCAGCCCUGGCAUCACUAAAAGGAGACAUAGUGGAGCUUAAUAAACGACUGCAACAAACAGAAAGGGAACGGGACCUGCUGGAAAAGAAAUUGGCAAAGGCACAGUGUGAGCAGUCUCAUCUCAUGAGAGAGCACGAAGAUGUACAAGAACGAACGACGCUGCGCUAUGAAGAACGAAUCACGGAGCUUCACAGCAUUAUUGCAGAGUUAAAUAAGAAGAUUGAUCGACUACAAGGAACAACAAUAAGGGAAGAAGAUGAGUAUUCAGAACUGCGAUCAGAGCUCAGCCACAGCCAGCAUGAGGUCAAUGAUGAUUCACGCAGCAUGGACCAGGAUCAGACUUCUGUCUCAGUACCAGAGAACCAGUCCACCAUGGUUACUGCUGACAUGGAUAACUGCAGUGACUUGAACUCAGAACUGCAGAGAGUGCUGACAGGACUGGAGAAUGUAGUCUGUGGGCGGAAGAAGAGCAGUUGUAGUUUGUCUGUAGCAGAAGUGGACAGACACAUUGAACAGCUCACCACUGCCAGCGAACAUUGCGACCUAGCUAUUAAGACAGUAGAGGAAAUAGAAGGUGUACUAGGACGGGACCUUUACCCAAAUUUCUCUGAAGAAAGAUCUCGAUGGGAAAAGGAGCUGGCUGGCUUGAGGGAAGAGAAUGAGAGCCUCACUGCCAUGCUGUGCAGCAAAGAGGAGGAGCUGAACAGGACCAAGGCUACCAUGAAUGCUAUCCGGGAAGAAAGGGACAGAUUACGCAGAAGGGUUCGGGAACUGCAAACACGAUUACAGAGUGUUCAAGCAACAGGGCCAUCCAGCCCAGGACGCCUUACUUCUACAAACCGACCCGUUAACCCCAGUACAGGGGAGCUGAGCACAAGCAGCAGCAGCAAUGACAUUCCGAUUGCCAAGAUUGCUGAACGAGUGAAGUUGUCAAAGACAAGAUCCGAAUCUUCUUCAUCUGACCGACCAGUCCUAGGAUCAGAAAUCAGCAGUAUAGGCGUGUCUAGCAGUGUGGCUGAACACUUGGCCCAUUCUCUUCAAGACUGCUCCAACAUCCAAGAAAUCUUCCAGACACUCUAUUCACAUGGAUCUGCUAUCUCUGAAAGUAAAAUCCGAGAGUUUGAAGUGGAAACUGAGAGGUUAAAUAGCCGUAUCGAGCACUUAAAAUCCCAGAAUGAUCUGUUGACAAUCACUCUGGAGGAGUGCAAGAGCAAUGCUGAGAGGAUGAGCAUGCUGGUUGGAAAAUAUGAAUCGAACACCACAGCACUCCGCCUGGCAUUGCAAUACAGUGAGCAGUGCAUAGAAGCAUAUGAGCUGCUACUUGCUUUGGCUGAAAGUGAACAGAGUCUUAUUCUUGGACAGUUCCGAGCUGCAGGUGUUGCGUCUGUCGGGGACCAAACAGGUGAUGAAAACAUUACCCAAAUGCUCAAGAGAGCGCACGACUGCAGGAAGACAGCUGAGAAUGCAGCAAAAGCCCUGCUGAUGAAAUUAGAUGGGAGCUGUGGGGGAGCCUAUGCAAUCACAGGCUGUAGCGUACAGCCAUGGGAGAGCCUGUCAUCCAACAGCCACACCAGUACUACCAGCUCAACUGCAAGUAGCUGUGAUACAGAGUUUACAAAAGAGGAUGAGCAGCGGUUGAAAGAUUACAUCCAGCAACUGAAGAAUGAUAGGGCAGCGGUCAAACUCACCAUGUUGGAACUGGAGAGCAUUCACAUUGAUCCACUCAGUUAUGAUGUCAAACCUCGUGGAGACAGUCAGAGGCUUGAUCUGGAAAAUGCUGUAUUGAUGCAGGAACUCAUGGCUAUGAAGGAGGAGAUGGCUGAGCUAAAGGCACAACUGUACCUUCUAGAGAAAGAAAAGAAAGCGCUUGAAUUGAAACUAAGUACCCGAGAAGCCCAAGAACAGGCCUACCUGGUCCACAUCGAGCACCUUAAGUCUGAGGUGGAAGAGCAAAAAGAACAGAGAAUGAGAUCUCUCAGCUCCACCAGCAGUAGCAGCAAAGACAAAAUGGGCAAGGAAUGCACUGAUGGGACCACAGCGCCGUUAACACUAGCUGAGCUGAGACCAUACAACGAGAGUGAACUGGCUGCAGAGCUAACAAAUGCACUCAGGCGAGAGAAGAAACUGAAAGCCAGAGUGCAGGAGUUAGUGAGUGCCUUAGAGAGGCUCACGAAGAGCAGCGAAAUCCGACAUCAGCAGUCUGCGGAGUUUGUGAAUGACCUGAAAAGGGCAAACAGUAACCUGGUGGCAGCCUAUGAGAAAGCAAAGAAGAAGCAUCAAAACAAACUGAAGAAACUGGAGUCACAAAUGAUGGCCAUGGUUGAAAGGCAUGAGACGCAAGUGAGGAUGCUCAAACAAAGAAUAGCUCUGCUGGAGGAAGAGAACUCAAGACCUCAUACCAAUGAAACUUCACUUUAAAUAUCUCAUCUAUCUAUACAUAUAUAGAGAGAUAUAUAUAUAUAGUAUAUAUAGAUAAAAGACAAUUAGUGCCAUUAAAAACCUGUUUUGUUUUGAGGCUGAUUUUGGGUAGUGAACACUUAAGGAUAUGGGACAUAACAUAGACAUAGAUCAGCACCUCAUCUUGGACUGUGGCUCUCAACUCAAAUCAAGAGGGAUGGAGAGACUAUUCUCAGCCUAAGCCAAGGAUAGUUUUUUGAUGAUUCCGUGCUAAUGGACCAUGCCUAAAGGUAAAAUUUCUCUUCAUACCAAGGUUACGUACACAGUGUAUGUAAGGUCUCUGCCCAUGCAGAAUUUUGUAGUAUGUGGGACACCUGGAUCCCUUUGCAUUCCAUCACUGCAGAUGUAGUGCUAAGAGAAAUAACAUGUUACAAACUUUUUCUGGUUUGAACCCAUAAAGAUUUUGAUAGUUCUCCAGCCACCUCCCCCAUUCCUCCUUCGACCUCCUGUCUUAAAAUCUGGAGGAAAGACCUGCUGUUGCUGUUAACAUCUGCUCUACGAGUGGGGAAGAUGUAAAAUGAAAGUCUAGUUUGUCUUUUGCACCAAACUCACAGUUAUCCACAGUGCACACAGUUCAGCACAUCAAGGCGGACAAGUCUUGUUAAUUUGAAGAAGUUUUACGCAGACAGCAUUCCUUCCCCAGAAUGAGAAAGGUGGUAUUGCAUACUUGUGGUGGUGAUGCAUUUCUUGUGACCUUAAAGGCUAUGGGUAUGUAACUACAUGUUUUUCACAGUGCCGGACAGUCUGUGCCAAGAGUAGGUAAGAAGUUGUAGAACAGCUUUUGUCCUUCACAUCGUAUGGUGGCUCUGACAGUUCAUGAAAGCAUUGGAUUUCCAGUAAUAAUAUAUUUACAGCUAAGGUCGUUGUCUACAAGAUGGGCCACCUUUGUCACGUGCAUAAUGUUCGAUUGUGUCUUUGCGUGUUCAAGAUGUGGAAAGUCCCUCUGCACUUGUUUUGACCAAAAAGGUACCUGUUUGCAACAAUGUACCUGUUCAGUAUUGUAUGCAUGUGUAUGUGUAUAUGUGGGCAUACAUAUAGACACAGUCACACAUGACACAAUGUGAACAGAAUGGCUGUGUAGCUCACGCAACUUCUACUCGCAUUGUCCUAGCACAGCUUUCUGGGGCUCAUAAACUAUAUGAGAUAUUUUUAAUUAGUUACUGUUAGUGUGUCUGAAGUUCUUUGUUCAAGUUGGUUGGUUUUUCAUGUCAUACUAAUGUAUUGUAAGCUGGAACAGGAUAAAAACCUGCAUUAAUAGAGGCAGGCUGAGGCAUAGAGAUUGGGUUGCUAUCUCUAGGUAGUGGGGAGAGGUGGGCUCAGGUGCAGCACAUAGCCAGUGCCUGGAUGACUUGUUUAUAGGCAUUUUUUCACCAUUGCUGAGAUUGAGCAGAUAACAACACAGUAGCAAUUUUAACAGGGUGUCAGCCUUAAGUCAGUUAGCUUUGCACUGUUCAUUAUUGUAACUACAUUCCCUUGUAGGUUAUGUGUUCUUCAAGCCUGAGAUACUUUCCUUGGCAUCGACAUUCAGAAGUCAUCUGGGAUUUGUUUCAGGUUUCCUAUGCAUGGUUACACGGAUAUGGAUUGUUCUCUAAAGGCUGUGGCCAUGGUUCUGUAAGCCCGAUAACCCUCCAUUAGCACAGGGCUUUGGCAUUUGGGCUGGAAUCAGGCCUUGCUACAUCUAGACAUUAAUCAACAUUUUGUGGGUAUUUGCUGUCCAUUCCCCUCCCCACACAGACUCAGAUGGGAUUUUAAACCCUAAUGGUUCUUAGUUCUGACUUCCAGCUAUCCUUCAUGCUGGCACCUGCUGUUUUCUUCCGUGAACUAGAUGUUGAUAAUCUGAUCUUCAGACAACAAAAGACCACUUUGUAAUUGACUGCACCAGUGCAAAUCAAAAAAAGAUUUUAUAACUUCCAGAUGAAGGGUCCCUAUUGCUGUUACCACCCACCUGGACUGGGCUAACCCUUCUUCAUGGCAGAGCUAUGCGAUUCCCACCUGCACUGAGGUUAUUAAAUCACAAUGCAAAUGCAGCUUUUUGCAGCCCCCGCCCCAUCAUUUAAGCAGUAGUCACAUUGAUUUCCUGGUGUUUUGAAUGCAUCUCUGUCUAUAGAAUAGUUUUGCUGAGAUGAAUCUAUUCUCCCUUAUAGCAAAAAAAGCUGCAACCAGUUUGCUUGGAGGCAUAUGUUUUUACAAGAUCUGUCCAGAAAAGUUUCUUGGUCCUGCAAUAGAAUGUUUUUCCUUUAUUCCAGAUGCCAGGGUUCUUGGCAUGUUUGCCAGAGAAGGUUUGAUAAAAAUACGCUCUUACAGAGGCAUGCUUUUCUACCUUGUUUCAAAGCAGUUUCUGUAUUUUUUGGAUCCAGCACUGUUCUUGAGUUUUGUCAUAGCCUUUACUGGAAACAAAAUCAGACUGCACGUUUUGGAACUUUCCUGGGAAAAGGUCUUUCCAGGUGAAAAACUGUGAAUAUAAUCCCACGUUAAUGAUGCACUGAGAAGAGCAGACUCUAAACAUUCUGUUGUCACGAAUCUGAAAUGACCAUUGAACUUUAGAGGGAGUCAAAGUGAGGUCAUUCCAAAUAAAAAGUGUUUCACUAAAAUCCACGUAGGGCAACUAGAAAAGGUUACAGCAGCACACUUUUUCCUCACUCCAUUUUUUCGCUUGCUGAUUGCUGCCAGGGAUAUUUUAGUCCCCAGCCAAAAAGGUAGAAUUGCUGAUUUUACAUUAUAUAUACUGUGUAAACUGUCUGAAUUCAAAUGUACCUGCAGGAGCCCAAAUGAAGGAAGCCUGAAAUAACCCUAAACCCUGUGGGGCAGAUUUUCAGAAACAGGUGACUCUAUGCAAUCCUGUACAAGACCCCAAACACAUUAAGUGCAGUGUACACAAAAUGAUGCAAAUUUACAUGCUUUUGCAUGCACAUGCACAGGCACAGGAACUUGUAUGUUGUGCAUAUGCACUUCUCUAGUUUAGGAAAAUGCAGCCAGUGAAGAGUAAGUUUGAGCAGACACUAUAGGUCUAAUCUGGGAACCCUUUAGUCUAAAACAUGCUUUUGAAGAUCAGCUGAUGUCUUGGCUGGUCCCCUCCCAAUCCCAUUAAAGUGAGGUGUGCGCUAAUCUAGUUCGCACAGGUUCAAAACCUUUCCACUGUGGUAAGGUCAUCAGUCCCUUUUACUGUGCUUAUCACUACUAUACUUAAGACCCUGAGAACUGCUGCAUGAUGAAGAAGGUAAAGUUAUACCCAUGUGGAGAGUUGAUGAGUCCAAAUCACUAGUUUGUACCAAGGGGAAAGCCUACAUUAGCUUUAAGUGGAGGUUUUGAAAGAGUAAAUGCAGUAGAAUCCUCCUGCUUAUGAC